UAGGCGGCAGGGUUGCUCCUUCCAGGGAGGAAAGAGGAAGCAGGCGUUGCUCCAGGAAAAGAAACUCUUUAUGGAUUCGUUUCGUAAACCAUGGGUUUAUUAGUGAAAGAUAGAGCUGGCAUUCUUUGUAAGACCAUUUCUGAUAUAAAAAUGCCCUUAAACUUCAUUUACUAGUCCCCAAACGGAGACGCCUGAAUUCAGCGUUUUGACUCUUUCCAUGUAGCACUGCCAGUACAGUUGUUUUUCAAGUUGUUUCUUUAACCCGUUAUUUGCGAAGAACGUUUUCCAAAAAUACGAAUUUAAGCACUUUUGUGUGCGGUGGUGUAUAAGUGUAGCUAAAGGCGCCUUUUCAAAAUGGGUCAGUGUUUCUAUUUUACCACGCUUAUACUUUCAGUUUCGUGUCAGUUGAUACCGUCGUGUCACUCUUUCGAAUGGGACGAGCAGUCUAGUCCACUGCAAAAUGUGCGGUCCAUCUUCACGAGUUUGUCCGAGGAAGCCCACAGUUGCCUGGUCUCUACAUUCGGUGAAAAGAGAGUCGACCUGUCUAUCAAACUUCUACAAAAUGGUGUAAAAUGGAAGUCAGAUGCCGUGGCAUCAGUCCUUAACGUGGUCAUCCGGUAUGUUGCAGAAAUCUUGGAAUCAGCAGGAAUUCUAGCCAAGCUACCUUUCCAAAAAGUCACUCCUGAGGGAGUGAUUUUUGUAGCUAAGUGGGGCCUUCUGGUUGUUGUGGCCUACUGGAUAAUAUCCUUCAUUGUGCGUUUGGUGGUUGGAGCUGUAAGGCAGACUUUAUGGCUGCUGAAGGUCACCUUUGUCAUUGGCAUGUUUGGAUGGAUUCUCAGCACCACUGGAGCCUCUGCAGAAACCACAGCGAUAAGACUAGCAGGCCUGGUGUGUAUUUGUGUCCUGUUAGGAAUACGUUCAACAUCUGCAGUGCCAGAUGCACACCUCGAAGACAAAAUCAAGAUGCUGGAGAGACGACUAAGAGAGAUGGAGAAAAGCAAAAUGGAAUGAUGGAAAAUCCUCAUCAGACCAGGAAUAACUUAUCUAAGGAUGGAGUACAGCAUGAUAUUAUG